AUGAACGCGUUUGCCGACUCCGUCAAAAGAAGGUUGUUGCUCGUAUUAGUGCUACAAGUGCUGCCAUCUUUUUCAAUCAAUGUCAACUUUGAACGUAACGUAAACAACAUCGACGCUAAGACGAAGAUACCUAUCAAACCGCUUAUAAUUCCGUGUCUGCUUAAUGACGUGGUCAGAUUGUCCGCGCCAGUGAUUAACAAAUAUGACCAAUAUUAUAUAUCAAAACCAAAUGGAGACGUGAUCAAAUUAAAAUUGCAAGCACCAAAGAAAUUAAGCAGCACAAGAACAUACGACUUAAUAUCUGUCACUUUUCUAGAAAAUUCGCUUGCUAUUGUAAAGCAAAAAAAUAGUCAUCGUGCAUACAAUGCUGACGAAUUUGACCAAAAGUUUCGAAAUUUAGACUCGAACGAGUUUCUGGUCGGACCGCUUUUAGAGGAAGAUUUUGGAAACUGGGUUUUAAGUACUUAUACUAGAGAUUUAGAUGACGAAUGGAUUGAACUGUUUCAAGUGAUUACAAUGGAAAUAACAUCAUUUGUCACAUUAGAGCCAGCCAAACCAAGACUGAACGUAGGGAAUACCUUUAACCUUAGCUUUCCCUACCCGUUCCCUGAUAUAAAAUCUUGCGAGAUUGUAGCACCUAGGAGUACAUUCGACCGUUUUUACAAUAGAAACUCGACCAACUUCAAUAAAUGUGGGUUCACCAUACCGAAUAUAACUAAAGAAGAUGAGGGUAUCUGGAAGAUAAUUGGCGUAGGCAGAAUUAUAUAUGAAGGAGAAGUCUUGUUGGAAGUUAAUAAGAGUUUAGGUCUGAAUCCAACAGUCGUUAAGAAGAAGGAAAGUUUAAAAAAGCAAUGA